AUGGAGGAGUAUUGCGAGCGGGCAGGAGGCAGCUGCAAGGUGUUAAUGCUGCCGUCGUUGCGAGACGCCCACCACACCAUGAUCUUUCCUCAGCCUCCCUUCGACUCGUCUGACUUUGAAGACCCCCGCAAGCAAGUCCUCACACUCGGAAACCCCUCCGCAUUCACACUGGAUAACCAG